AUGAUCUUCACCUCCACCCCACCCGCGCCUCCUCCCGCGGACGCCCAGCAACGCCAGCCUCGGUAUCCAGGCGAAGACACUACCCCAACCAGCCGGAGGGAAAUCUGGGGCUGGUAUACGUACGGCAUCGCAGCAGAGGUCUUUGCUGUUUGUGGCGUGGGUUCAUUCCUACCGCUCACACUCGAGCAGUUGGCUCGCGAGCGCGGGACCUUGCUGUCAAGCCAUCUACCAUGCGUAGGACCUGGCUCACCUUCGGCCGCUCCUGGAAAUGGAACGACGCCGGCGAUGCUCAGACGGGAUGGGUUAGGGAGUGAUCAGUGUGUCGUGGGUUUGUUCGGGUUACAGAUCAACACCGCUAGUUUCGCCAUGUAUACAUUCUCUCUUGCGGUGCUUGUUCAAGCUUUGACCCUCAUCUCGUUCAGUGCACUCGCGGACUAUGAGAAGAACCGCAAGACCCUCCUCCUCACCUUCGGACUCAUUGGUUCCGUAUCGAGCAUGCUGUUCGUUUUCAUCUCUCCGCGACUAUACAUUUUGGGCGCGAUUCUGGUUGUCAUCGGUGUCACCUGCCUCGGGUCAUCAUUUGUCGUCCUCAACUCGUUUCUUCCCGUUCUCGUUGCCAAUGAUCCAUCUAUUCAGACCGCGCGCAAAACGGAAGGCGAGGAAUUGCCACACCUAGACUCUAGCGGAGAAUAUACACGGUCGGGAAGCUUCAACAGAGGCGAUAACAGGGGAUUCGACGAUUAUGUGGCGCCUGAGCAUGGGUUAAAGCCUAAAACUACCGAUUCCACUUCACCUGAAAUGCAGCUGUCCACCAAAAUUUCCUCGAAAGGUGUGGGCCUUGGUUACUGCGCGGCCGUGCUGGUACAGGUACUGAGCAUCUUAUUGCUCUUUACACUGUCAAAGACAUCCCUACCGAAGAUUUCCGGCACUCUGCCCCUUCGAUUUGUGCUGCUCCUGGUGGGCAUCUGGUGGUUCUCUUUCACUGUGGUUACUCGACGCUGGCUGCGGAACCGCCCCGGUCCCCCUUUGGACACUUCCAAGGGUGGUGCGCGAUGGCGCAUCUGGUUACGGCUGGUCGGUUUUGCAUGGAAGUCCUUGUGGAAGACGGUCAAAGUGGCUGCCAAGCUGCGGGAGGUCGUUAUUUUCCUCAUCGCGUGGUUUCUUCUCUCGGAUGCAAUGGCUACAGUGUCUGGAACGGCUAUCCUAUUUGCUCGCACGGAACUGAAGAUGAGCACAACCGCUGUUGGACUCUUGUCCAUCACUGCGACCCUGUCUGGUAUGACUGGGGCCUUUCUGUGGCCAGUAGUAUCUCGGCGCUUGAAACUCAAGUCCAACCACACUAUCAUGCUCUGCAUCGCGUUGUUCGAGAUCAUUCCCCUGUAUGGAAUGCUCGCCUAUAUUCCCUUGGUCAAGAAGUGGGGCGUGAUUGGGCUCCAGCAGCCCUGGGAAAUUUUUCCCCUGGGUAUCGUCCACGGUCUCGUGUCCGGCGGAUUAUCUUCCUACUGCCGCUCUUUCUUCGGCGUGUUGAUACCCCCUGGUAGCGAGGCCGCAUUCUACGCACUGUAUGCGGCUACAGACAAGGGAAGCUCAUUCAUUGGCCCUGCGGUGGUGGGCGUGCUUAUCGACGCUACUGGCCAAGUGCGGUCCGGCUUUUUCUUCAUUGCGGUCCUGAUCGUGCUUCCUAUUCCGCUGAUUUGGAUGGUCAAUGCCGAGAAGGGACGGCAGGAGGGACUAGCGAUGGCAGAAAUGCUCGAGAAGUCCCAUGGUGAAAACUCGUCUGAGUUUGGCCAUCCCUCAGAAGAGGCUGAAGGCUUGUUAGCUCGAAAUCCGUAG